AUGUUUAAAAGUUCAUCAUAUCUAUCUUAUACACAAGCACAAUGCGCUAAUGUAACAUUAAAUUCAAUUGAAUGUUCUAAUCUUAUUAUUUAUAUGCAUUUACUUGAUCUAAAUAUAGAUUCAUCUAAUCCGAGUACAGAUGAAUGUUCAAAUGAUUGUGUAUUAUUAUCCUAUCAAUGUAAUAAUCAAUUAUAUAGUAUACGUUUAUAUGAUAAAAUCUUCGCUUCAUAUAAUUUAUUAAAUAAAGAUUCUCAAUCGUUACCUGGUUUUGUGUUACUUUAUCAUCUUUUACCAAAAACUGAUAGACUUACAACUUCUACAACAAGAUCAUCAACAUUGCCUGGUUCUGAUACAAUAAGUACAAUUAUUCAACAACCAACUAUUUGUGUCAAACAAACGGUAACAAUACAACGUAGUAUGUCUGAAUAUGUUUUUGUUAUACAUAGAUUUCAACUUGCUGCAAAUGUAACAUAUAGUUGUACUUAUUCUUCAAAGGAUUGUUUUGAAGAUCUUAAUAGUUUAUAUAGUACUUGUAGUGGUAGACUAUCAGAUAGUCAACCUUAUAAAACAUUUAAAAUUUAUAUUCUUACAUUAAAUUUAUCAACACGACUAAUAGCACGUGAUCAAGAUGCACAAUGUGAUGAAAAUUAUCCAUAUUUUGAAAUAAAUACUGCCGACUUAGGUGUAACACGUUUAUGUGGUAAUAGUCAUGCACGUUAUUUAUAUGACACAUGUUCAAAUGUAAUUAAAAGUCAUUAUAAAAAUGUUAAUAUAGAUACAAGUAUUGUAAAAUACAAAGGUUUUGGAAUUUAUUUUGAAUCUAUUAAAAAUGAUAAAUGUCGUUCAACACUUUCAACUCAACCGCAUACACUUGAAACUGACGCAGCAUAUGUGCCACCAACAUCUGAAACUGAUACAACAUACUCAUUACCAACAGCAAUAUCACAGACGACAAUCAGGACAGAUCUCAUCACUACAAUCAAGAGAAGAAUUUUAUUGUUUCUUGUUUAA